GUCAGUGUUUAUAAGUAAACGCAACAUUGUCAAACCGACCAUUAGAUUAUUAGUUGUUUGUGUGAGUUUAUUAAAAGUAAGCGCACUAACUAACCCACGUUUUUCAUUUACUACAUUGCGCUCGUCCGCUCACCGUAGUGUGUGAUAUAGUCAAUACGUUAGGAGGUCAACCAACCAACAAACAUCUUGAUUAAUACCAACGAUCAAAUUCAAAAGAAAACUAUAAAUCCAACACAUGUGUUACUAGUUAGUUGAGGCAGUGGCGAACUCGCUGAAUGGUAUUACAGACACCUAGUGACCCACAAAAUCACCAUUGUCGUCUGCUUAUACCGCUUGAUACGAGUCCGCCUGCUCUCUUUCUAUGUUGUUCCACUUAAUACAAAAUAUUAAUGGACAACAAUUAUUUGUGUAUUAGUGCAGUGCUACGGUGUCGAUAAGUGAAAGACAGUAGUUUCUUUUUUUUUCUGUAAAAACUGUAUCCAGAAGAAACUGUAUUUUUUGUGUUGUGAUUGGUGUAAUAAAAACAAAAAACUAAAAUGUGUGACAAUAAUAGUGAGCAACUCCUUCAGGAACAUCAAUAUCAUCAUAUCACGAUGAAUUCUGCAGGUACACAAACUGUGUCUCAAGAUGAAUUAGUCGAAUUACAACAAAGUCAUCAAAUUUUUCAUCCCCAUGAAUUAGUGGGAUUACCUGAAGAAGUCGAACAAGAACAAGAUAGUGUUGGAAAUUUAUCAUUCUCUCCACCACCGAUGAAACAUUCGGAGACACGUGAUAGUAUAUCUUCCAUAGACAGUGAUGUUUCGUUAGGCUAUGAUCAUCGAACGACGUUACUAGCGUCCCCAGUAAAACGUGUUUCCUUAACUACAACCGAAGAUGAAGGUGCACAUAUGGGUGAUUUAUCCGAUAGUGCAUCUGAUACAGGAUCAGCUGGUGGCAAAGAUUCUGGAUGUGAAGUCACUGUAGAACCUUCAUCAAAUCCUUUAGCACCAUUUACGCCUCCGUCCGAGGAAUUGGCUGAAAAAAUUGUAUCACAAGUUGAAUUUUACUUUUCCGAUGUAAAUAUUACAAAAGAUGCGUUCCUAUUAAAACAUGUAAAACGUAACAAGGAAGGUUAUGUUUCAUUAAAAUUAAUAUCAAGCUUUAAACGUGUAAAACAUUUAACAAAAGAUUGGCGUGUGGUAGCGUCAGCAUUGUUACGCUCGAAAAAAUUAGAAAUUAAUGAAGCUGGUACAAAACUACGUCGAGUUGAACCAUUACCACAAUAUGAUCAAACAGCACCAUCUAGAACUGUUGUUGCUGUUAACAUGCCCAUAGAUAAACCAACAAUUGAAAAUGUUGCUGAAGUCUUUUCAAAAUGUGGUGAAAUUGCAUUAAUACGAAUUUUACGGCCCGGUAAUCCAAUCCCAUCUGAUGUACGACAAUUUAUUAACAAAAAUCCAUCAUUAAGUGGGGUCGUGUGUGCCUUAAUUGAAUACACUGAUUCAGAAUACGCGCGAAAAGCAAUACAAAUGCAAUAUGAAGAUGGUGCUACGAUGAAAGUCUACGAAUUAAAUAAUGUACCAAAUCCAGAAAAGAAGAAACGUAAUUCAACAGCGAAAAAAGUAAGUGUAUCUCGUAAAAAUGAUUCGGACGGUAUGUCAUGUCAAAGUGCAUCAGAAAACGAAUAUGAUUUCUAUAAGAAGCGUGGCAGCACUGGUAGUAACAGUAGUGAUCCACGUGCACGCAUGCGUCGUGGCUCAUCCGCACACUUCCCAACACAUCCUGUUGAACCAACCACAUGGCUACAAAGACGUUUAUCAGCCGCUUCAUGUAGCUCAGGUUCAGAUUCAUCAUCCAAUUACAUGUACAUGCCACGUAGAUUAUCAGCAAGUAGCCGAGAUUCUGGUUCAGAAAGUAAUAUGAUGUUCUUAUCACGUCGUUUCUCAAAUUGUAGUGUAUCUAGUUCAGAUUACGGUGGCUUCCGACGAUUAUCCACAUGUAGCCGGGAAUCAGAUAGUAGUGGUCCACGAUCACGUAGCAAUAGCACUAUUUACCAUUUACCUGAUAACGUAGUACGUAUGCCACAAGGACCAGACGGUUCAAAGGGCUUCCGACAAAGACUGAUAAAUCCUACACAUUAAAUUUCCCUAAAAUAUUUCAAGGCUGUGUUUUUAUCGUUUUUUUCCUUUAAAUUUUUUUU